AUGGCCGGCCCGAUGAUGGGAAUCCGUGCUAGGCUGUUUAACUUCUUCGAGAACGACUUGCAAGUGCCAUCUGUUAUGGGUCAGAGUACAACUAAUAAUCGACCUAUUCCCGGUCAAAAUGCUUUUGAAGGAAUUUUCCAAGUCAACGGUAUGCGGUCCGCGGCGUUUCCCUCUCCAUCUGCCUUCAUGGUAAAACCAACUGAACAGCCCAAGAAGAAAGCUCGCACGAAGACAGUGUCAAAGAAAUCAACAACUCUUGCGAAGAAGUCUUCGGCAUCGGAAAGCGAGACUUCUGAUGACUCCGACCUAGAAAUCCAACUUCCCGAAGAGCCAUCCCCCAUACCGGCGACGCGACCCAGUGAACCGGAGGCUGCUGUGGAAUACGAUACACUUCAAGCCGUCUGGUCGCCACGCAAUCGCAGGCCCAACGCUGAUAAGGUCAAAAAUGCUUUAGUUGCAUUUAAAGACGUUGUCAAACGUGUGAGGGAUGCGUGGAAAGAAAGCAGUCAAGCGAUGAAGAUAGCAGAGAACAAAGAUGAGAACGACAGAGCAGCCCAGCUCAAGAAGGAUGUUGUCCUGCAACGUCGCCUGAUGGAUGUGGUUGUCAGUACCACUCUUGAAAAAGGCCACCCGGCUAUCGUUGAGAAAAGGAUAAAACCCCUUUCUGUGGUUCUCAACUGGGCUCUUAAUAUCGAUCUUGAGGAAGCGCUGAAAUACCAACGAACUAACCUUGACCCGUCAAAGUUGGUUGAACCUGUCGCAUGUACUUCGGAUUCUAUCCAAAUUUCUGACAUUAUCAAUUACACAUUUCCGGGUUCUGAAUGGCUAACAUGGACAUUCAGGUUGGGAGAACAUCCAAUGGCGCUCGCUGCCAUGUAUUCCUUUCUUCUAGAUCGACAUCAAGCGUCCGACGUGGAUGGGGCAUUCACGGUUAAUAUACUCAAGUUACUCGCACGCUUUGGCACCGUGGACGAGGAGGUACUGCAAAAAACCAAUAUUGCCAAACUUCUACCCCGUUUCGUGAAGAAGGGGGGUCCCACUGUCAAGGAGCUCUCUCAGAAGAUCCUAGACAAUGCUGCUGCUUCCACGAAAAGGAAACAGGAGGCUACCAAGCCCGCAGCUAAAGAGAGGUCGGCGACCAAGAGCUCUGCCUCUGAAGCAGCACCUGCAAAUAAUUCCCGUCCCGAAAUCACUGGUUCGAAGAGGCCUCGGGAGGGAGAACCCAAUGGCCAGGCUGCUUCAAAGCGGAUGGUUGUAACAUCCAAUAUCAAGCCUAGUGCAAAGGCGGGCAAUGCUACCACUAAUGGCUCUAUCAAGCGCCCACAAGAGACAGCUCAGGAGAACAGAUCUGGUGCAGCUGUCUCGCGUCCGAAGGCCAACAUUAUCGCUCCCAAGCCUACAAGCCUCUUUGGCAGCUUGAUUUCUGCUUCCAAACGGCCAGGCACCUCGAAUGCGGAGCGCGCUGCCGCCGCAGCUGCCGCAGCGAAAACAAGGUACGCAGAAUGCGAAGCGCCUGUAUGUGGGCCUUCAGAAAUGAGGCUAACAAUGAUCAGCCCUCCGGCCGAAAAGAAAGAAACUCAGGCGCCACCUCCUAGACCUACUUUCUCCUUUGGCGAUAUUAUGGCAGAUCUUAAUAAGCAAAAGGACCCUGAAUCAGUUGAGCCGACUGAGGAUCGACCCCCUGAAUCCGAAGAAGAACGCCAGAGGCGACUUCGCAAGGAGGCUCGAAGAAAAUUGCGCGUCACGUGGAAACCUGACGAGUCUCUUACGGAAGUCCGUCUCUUCACCCACGAUCCUGACGAGGAGCUAGGACCGGGUGAUCGAUCACAGGGAGAAAUUGGUGACAUCAAAGGAGAGGGUAGUGUCCUUAAACUGCACAGAGAUCUUGAAGACUUGGAAGAUGACGAUGAUGGCGUCAUUCGCGAAGAGAAUUUGAUGGACUAUACAGAGCCUUCGGAAAUUGACAAAGGCGACAUGACAUCUGAGGAUCGCUCCAGAAACUACAUCAAACGAGGUGGCACGCAAGAGCCUGCAAGUCCCGAGAAGCAAGCCCAGGAUCAUCGGGAAGCUACUACGCUCAUGGUUUUCUACACGUCUCCUGCGGAUAUUCCUCCCUCGCCAAAGGAGCCGCCCCAGACUGACGCUGAUGAACCUGUGACUGAAGUGACUUCCUUCGGAGAAUUGCCGGAUCACAUCAAGGUUCGACAAGAGCGAUAUUACGCAGCGGUCAACCCGAAGCCAGCCCCUGUUGCGGCUGCGCCGCCUAUUGCUCAAACCAACCAGUUCGACAUCUCGAACUUGCUUAAAAUCAUCCAGAACGCAUCGCAACAACAGUCUACUCCGCCGCCACCGCCGCCGCCUCAGCCUGCGUCACAGGCGCCCAUGUCUGACCUGGAGCGGACUAUCAGCAUGUUCCGCCAGCAGCAGCCUCAAGUUCCACAAAUUCCCCAGUUUCCGGCCAUUUCUCAGGCGCCAGCGACGCAAGGCCUCGAUUUCCAGAAAAUAUUGGCUGUCAUGAGUGCACAAAAACAGAUGCCGCCUGCGCCUAUUGUACCCCAAGUCCCACCAUCGCAACCGGCGAUGGCGCCGAAUCUCGCUGCCAUAAUCUCACAGUUCGCCAACCAGAAUCAGCAGACUAGUUCAUCUCAACCUUCUGGCCAACAAUACGAAGAACUGGAGCGCAAGCGUGUGCGUGAGACGGAUGGAUCCGAAGAAUCCGGUGAUGAUAGAUUUGGCUACGCCAAGCGAAGCAAGUUUGGAGCACCAAACAAGAAGCACCCAAAGGCUGGAUUAGUCCCUUGCCGAUACUGGCGCGAAGGAAAGUGUCUCAAGGGCGACAACUGCACCUUCCGCCACGAUCCUCUGAAUUGA